CGGCCUUAAGAAGCUUCGCUAUUUGAUUGUUCUAAGCCAAGAAAGGAAUUUCAUAUUCAACUGCAGGGGACUUCCUUUUGCAACUUCUCUUGGUUUUCCCAAAAUAAAAGCAUUGGCACCUUCAUAAACUUGAUUUUCUUCAAAAACCCAUCUCUGAUAAAGACCCCAAAUGGGAGUACGAGGUACUCUGGAGUACAUAUCUGAUUUAAUAGGAAGUGCAGGCCAUAAACACAAGAAGAAGAAGAAGCAAUUACAGACUGUGGAACUGAAGGUCAGAAUGGACUGUGAUGGGUGUGAGCUUAAGGUCAAGAACACUCUCUUCUAUGAGUGGGGAGUUAAGAAGGUGGAAGUAAACAGGAAGCAACAGAAGGUGACUGUAACUGGGUUUGUUGAAGCAGACAAGGUGUUGAAGAAAGCAAAGUCAACAGGGAAGAAAGCAGAGAUAUGGCCUUAUGUUCCAUACAAUCUGGUGGCUCAGCCUUACACAGCUCAACAUUAUGACAAGACGGUACCUCCUGGUUAUGUCAGGAAGGUAGAGAACACUGCAACAAAUGCUACUUUGACCAGAUAUGAAGAUCCUUACAUCUCCAUGUUCAGUGAUGAUAACCCAAAUGCCUGCUCACUCAUGUAACUCAACAAGAGAAAUCUACCCUAAUUAAUGUUCUUUGUAUCCAGAAGCAUCAGUGUAAAAGUUCUAAUAUAGGGUUUCAGAGAUGACAACCCAAAUGCCUGUAGUUUUGCAGAGGUUGGUCUUGGUGGGACUAGAAAUCUAGGUUAGUGUUGGAUAUUAGAGGAAAAAUAAUGUGGGUGGUUAAAGUUACUCUAAAGGCA